AUGACUGAAACAUUGGAAAAUCAAUUAAAUCAAGAUAUUGCUCGACUUUAUCAAGAAGCAGAUGAUUACAAUGUCAAAAUAACGGUCGGCGAAGAACCCAAUGAGCAAACAUUUUUUGCACAUUCCGUUAUAUUACGUGCAAGGUCCCCAUUUUUUCGUGCAGCUUUAUCACAUAAAUGGCGAAAUACGCAAGAUUCCGAAGAUAAAAUCACAUUCUCGAAACCAAACAUUCACCCAAAAAUAUUUAGAAUCAUUCUAAAAUAUUUGUAUACAGGCACGGUGUCAUUUUAUCAAAAAAAUAAUGAUUAUACAUCAUUGUUGAUUGCUGCGGAUGAACUUGCAUUAACAUCACUUGUCGACCACAUUCAGGAUCACAUAAUAAACGAGGAUAUAAAAUGGUUACAAAGGCAACUUGUGCAA